AAUACAGAUCACGCUUCUUCAGGCUGUUAGAACUCUUUUUGUCAUCUGCGUAAGUAGGCUUCUAAAGCUUUUUGAAAAUUGACAGAUGCUAAAUGAUGUAACUUCACUCAUUAGAUACCUUCCCGCUGCUUUGAUUGCUGCUUAUAUUAAACGUAUGGCCCGUUUAUCGCUUACUGCCCCUCCAGCUGCCUGUGUUAUUAUCAUACCGUUUAUUUAUAACUUGUUAAAACGACACCCGACUUGUAUGUCUCUAAUCCAUAGUAAUAAGGCGAUCAACGAGGAAAAUGAUCCUUUUGAUAUGAACGAUAUGAAUCCAUAUGAAUGCAAAGCGAUUGAUUCCUCCUUAUGGGAAGUUCAAACCCUAAGCCAACAUUAUUAUGCCAAUGUAGCUACACUUGCUAAAAUUUUUGGUGAACAAUUCUUGAAGCCCAAAUACAAUUUGGAAGAUUUUUUGGAUCAUACUUAUAUAUCGGUAAGAUUCGAACGCUGAGUCAACAAAUUAUCUUUAGUGAAAUCGGUUAUUAAUUUUCUGUCAUAGUUCUUCGAAACGGAAAUCAAUAGAA